CUCGUUGGCCUGAGGCGAAGCACUGCACAAACCGUUGUGAAGUCUUUGUCUAUGGCUUAUGAUGCUGAAGGCACUUCCCUUGCAGGCAGACUGUCAGACUAAAGUUGCUUAUAGAAAAGAGACGCCUUCUUCCUCUGCUUUUAAGCAGUUGUUUGCACAAGAAGCAGAUUGAUUGGGAGAAGAACUACCAAGCCCGUUGGUUGUCAAGUUUUCCGGGUUUGGAUGAGCUACCUCCAGUAGUGGUGACAGAGGUGUGAGGCAGCGAGACCCACACCGCCCAACCCCCCCUCGUCAACCAUGCCGCCGCCAGCAGACAUCGUCAAGGUGGCCAUUGAGUGGCCGGGGGCCUUCCCCAAGCUCAUGGAGAUAGACCAGAAAAAGCCUCUCUCUGCCAUCAUUAAAGAAGUGUGCGAGGGGUGGUCCUUGGGGAACCAUGAAAACUUUGCUCUGCAGAUUGCCGAUGCCACAAAUUUCUACAUCACAGAAAAGAAUCGCAAUGACAUUAAGAACGGAUCCAUCCUGCGCUUGACCACCUCUCCUUACCAGACUGCAGUCCAGCUCCAUGAACGGAUCCAGUCGUCCAGCAUGGACGCCAAGCUGGAGUCUCUGAAGGACCUGGCCAACGCGUCGCGGGACAUCACCUUCGCCCAAGAGUUCAUCAACCUGGACGGCAUCUCCCUGCUCACUCAGAUGGUGGAGAGUGGGACUGAACGCUAUCAGAAACUACAGAAGAUUAUGAAGCCCUGUUUUGGCGACCUGCUGUCCUUCACUCUGACGGCCUUCGUGGAGCUGAUGGACCACGGCAUCGUCUCCUGGGACACUUUCUCUGUGGCCUUCAUCAAGAAGAUCGCCAGCUAUGUGAACAAGUCAGCCAUGGACACAGCAGUGCUGCAGCGCUCCCUGGCCAUCCUGGAGUCCAUGGUGCUCAACAGUCAGGAUCUUUACCACAAGGUGGCGCAAGAGAUCACCAUCGGGCAGCUCAUCCCACAUCUUCAAGGGACUGAUCAAGACAUUCAGACCUACACUAUAGCUGUCAUCAAUGCUCUCUUCCUCAAAGCUCCUGAGGAGAAGAGACAGUUUGAUGAGCACAUUGUGGACAUCCUAAAUUGUCCCCUGACAGAGAUGGCCCAUAUUCUUGCCCAGAAACAGCUGCGCUCCAUCAUCCUCAGUAAUGUGAUCCGGAGCCCCACGGCCAUCAACGAUGAGAUGGCCCACCAGCUGUACGUCCUGCAGGUGCUCACCUUCAACUUGCUGGAGGACCGCAUGAUGACCAAGAUGGAUCCCCAGGACCAGGCUCAGAGGGACAUCAUCUUUGAGCUGCGGAGAAUUGCCUUCGACGUGGAGUGUGAGCCCAACAACAGCGGCAGCAUCGAGAAACGCAAGUCCAUGUACACCCGCGACUACAAGAAGCUCGGUUUCAUUAACCAUGUGAAUCCAGCUGUGGAUUUCACCCAGAUCCCUCCAGGCAUGCUGGCGUUGGAUAACAUGUUGUAUUUUGCCAGACACCACCAGGACGCCUACAUCAGGAUCGUCCUGGAGAACAGCAGUCGAGAAGAUAAGCACGAGUGUCCAUUUGGCCGCAGCAGCAUUGAGUUGACCAAGAUGCUCUGUGAGAUUCUCAAAGUCGGCGAGCUUCCCAGUGAAAACUGCCACGACUUCCACCCCAUGUUCUUCACCCACGAUCGCUCCUUCGAGGAGUUCUUCUGCAUCUGCAUCCAGCUGCUCAACAAAACCUGGAAGGAGAUGAGAGCCACGAGUGAAGACUUCAACAAGGUAAUGCAGGUGGUGAGGGAGCAGAUCAUGCGAGCGCUGACUCUCAAGCCUAAUUCCCUGGACCAGUUCAAGAGUCGCCUGCAGAACCUGAGCUACACAGAGAUCCUGAAGAUACGCCAGUCCGAAAGGAUGAAUCAGGAAGACUUCCAGUCCCGCCCCAUCCUGGAGCUGAGAGAGAAGAUCCAGCCCGAGAUCAUGGAGUUGAUCAAACAGCAACGGCUCAACAGGUUGUGUGAAGGAACCUGCUUCAGGAAAAUCAGUAGUCGCAGGAGGCAAGAUAAGUUUUGGUAUUGCCGUCUGUCUCCGAACCAUAAAGUCCUGCACUAUGGAGAUUUGGAAGAGAGCCCUCAGGGUGAAGUGCCCCACGACUCUUUGCAGGACAAACUGCCUGUGGCUGAUAUCAAAGCUGUUAUCACCGGCAAAGACUGUCCUCAUAUGAAGGAGAAGGGAGCCCUGAAGCAAAACAAGGAGGUGUUAGAGCUGGCCUUCUCUGUCCUCUAUGAGUCGGACGAGUAUUUAAACUUUAUUGCUCCUGACAAGCAUGAGUACUGCGUGUGGACAGACGGCCUAAACGCCCUCCUGGGUAAGGAGAUGACCAGCGACUACACCAAAUCGGACAUGGACACCCUGCUCUCCAUGGAGAUGAAGCUCCGCCUCUUGGAUCUAGAGAACAUCCAGAUCCCCGAGGCCCCGCCCCCGAUUCCCAAAGAACCUAGCAACUAUGACUUUGUUUACGACUGUAACUAGACGGACGACCCCACGAGCCCGGACCCGAUCCCACCCAGCACCUACUGUACUCACUGGACCAAUCCCCUUUUCUUAUAAACUGGAACAAAUAAAACCAUAUAAUAUAAAAAACAAAAAAAAAAUGAACUGUGAUUGAACGAAAAAACAUUGAACUAUUUUCCUCUUGCUUCUUGCUAGACCUUUAUAAGAGUGAAAAUGGUGCGUAUUAUUAAUAGGCUCGCUGCACUUGAGGGGGACUCGGGUUUCAAUGCAGAGUUAUCAGGUUGCCAUGGAGAAGAGAAACCAGGAAGUGUUUGUUUGGCCUUGUCGCUGGUCGUCCUGCGUCUUUUUCCUCACUCUCCUCCUGUCUGAUGUUUUGAGACGCUCACUUCUUCUUCUUCUCGACCGAGGCGCCUGCUGUCCUUUUGCUUGAAGAUCGUUGUAGACAAAUGCUUAGAAAUUCAGCUUCCUUGUUGUCCUUUUUUUAUGUUGACUUUAUUAUUUGUCCUCAGGGCUUCUGUAGAGGGGGGAGGGUGUAGUUCAGGAGCAGGGAGGGACGGGGUUUUGUGUUUUGUCGUCACCUUUUCAGCAGUAUUUCCUGUCACAUUCUCACUUACAGUAUCUGUGACAGCUUAAUGUUUUCCAGGAGGCUGAAAGGACGGUCGAAGAGGAAUACUUCAUGAAAAUAGUCUCUUAUAUCCGCUCUGUCCUGCUACACAUAUACUGAAGACUGUUAGAAUAAGUCAAAAUCAAGGCACUGUACUACAGUAACAAGCCUUUCUUUUAAAUAUUCUAAUGUUAAUGUUACUAUCCCACCGCUGCUUAUUGCAUAUUGUACACACCUACACAGUGGCUUUGCCAAAAACAACCGUAAAAGCAUCACUAUUGUGAAACACGCAUACAAACACACUCGUCUCUCCCUCAUUUGAGUCUCUCUCGUUGUAAUGACUGCUGUACACAACAUUCCUAAGCAAUAUUUGAGCUUUUUUUUUCUUCAUCAUUUGUAAGAUGGUCAUAAUUUAGGGAUUUUAAAAUUGUGAAACUGCCUAGUAGUUGGUAUUACAAAGAGGAUGUUAGUGUUUUGGUCAAGGGAAGUUGUCUUUUUUUGUGUGUGUUCAGGACUAUAUGGCCACAAAAUUGAAAGUUUAUGUAUUUUUUUAAUUUAAAAACAGAUCAUGGUUGUUAUUUCUGGUAUGAUUUAUAUAUUUUCCCCUUCCUAUUUAAUACUUUCAAGAUGUUUUUCUUUAGGAUUUUUCAAAGCCCCUCAAAACUGCUGUUUACAUUAAAGAUUUAAGAACUGUAA